AUGGACGAUAAAGAUCCAAAUUCAUCAUGUACCAUUGAAGUUAUUUUACAAAGAGCAUUUACUAAAGAAGAACUGCAAAAUAAAAAUAAUAUUAAAUUUGGCGUCACAGUAGCAUUAAUGCUUUUAGAUCUGACAUACGAUCAAAGUUGGCUUGAAGGUAAAGAAUUAUUGGAAGAUGAUAUGACAGAUGGUAUUGAUGACGAUAAUGAACUAUUCACGCAUUUUAAUAAAGACAACACAAUAGAUGAUAAUAAUGAAUCAUCCUUACAUUUUGAUAGUGAGUUUGCAUAUUCUAACGAUCAAGAAAGUGAUUCAGACAAUGACGUAGAAAAUGAAGUUUAUAAUAAUGAAGAUGAAAAAGCAAAUAAGAUUAUUGAUGCAGAGAAUACUGAUAGUAAGGACAGUGAUUAA